CUGCGAGAUGGUCUUGUGAUCACUUUUUAGAUGAAAUUUGACCGAGGGUGGUGUGUUUGCGUUAGUGCACAUAUAUUUCUCUUCUUGAACAACUGCUAAAGUUUAUUCCUGUUAGCCAUUCCAUUCCGAAAAUGUCGUCGAAAGAUCGUAUUCCAAUUUUUCCUUCUCGCGGUGCUCAGAUGCAAAUGAAAGCCCGUUUAGCAGGAGCGCACAAGGGUCACGGGUUACUAAAAAAGAAGGCUGAUGCUUUGCAGAUGCGUUUUCGAAUGAUUCUCAGUAAGAUUAUUGAGACCAAAACUUUGAUGGGAGAAGUCAUGAAAGAAGCCGCUUUCUCAUUGGCCGAAGCUAAGUUUGCGUCUGGUGAUUUCAAUCAAGUAGUACUGCAAAAUGUCACCAAAGCCCAGAUUAAAAUUCGCACCAAGAAGGACAAUGUGGCUGGUGUAACACUCCCUGUGUUCGAGUCAUACCAGGAUGGGUCUGAUACUUACGAACUUACGGGAUUGGCCAAAGGAGGGCAACAACUGCAAAAAUUGAAGAAAAACUACCAGAGCGCAGUAAAACUAUUAGUCGAACUUGCUUCACUUCAAACUUCAUUCGUAACGUUGGACGAGGUCAUCAAAAUUACAAAUCGACGAGUUAAUGCUAUCGAGCAUGUUAUUAUUCCAAGAAUUGAUCGCACACUGGCAUACAUUAUUUCCGAACUUGAUGAACUGGAACGAGAGGAAUUUUACCGUUUAAAGAAAAUUCAGGAUAAGAAACGAAUCGCAAAAAAAAAAGCCGAAGAAAAGCGAGCCGCAUUGCUCCAGGAAGGCAUUGAUGUACGUAUUCAGUCGAACAUUCUGGAUGAAGGUGACGACGACAUACUGUUUUAAAUGAAAAGAAAUAUUGUUACGUCCCUAGCUUUACGAAGCACCAUUUCGCGGACACUGCAUAGAAUCCCCGUUACGUUCUAGUGUUAUUCGCGUUUUGCUCUAGUGUUAUUUGUUAUUCCCUUUUUCCAUGCGCCACAUUCAUUCAGUACUAUGUUGAAAUUGAUGUUUUACCAUUAAAUUUGAUCGAGCGGUGAUUUCAAAAAGCACAUGAUUUCACGUACAAUUUGGGGCUAGCGUCAAGCAAGAUGACUGAUACGAUAUUAAUAUACAAGCAGAUCAUCCCGCUAAAUCUUGGGCAAAUGUGAAA